AUGGACUCGAAGUUGAUUGGGAAGAUAUGCAAGUCGAUAAGGUAUAGGGACUACGAGACUGCGAUUUUUCUAGCGGCAUGCCUACUCCCGUGCAAGCCUGAAUACAGAAUGCUCAUGUCCAUAGUGCUCUAUCUGAACGGCGAAUACACCCGUGCCCUCUUCCAUCUUCACAAGCUUAACACAUGCACAUCAAAGUACUACGAGUCUCUGUGCUACAAGAAGAAGAAGGACUACAAGAAGGCCAUCAAAAGCCUGGAGUCUAUUCUCGAGGGAAAGGUUGAAAGGGAUCCUGAUGUCGAUGCAAGGAUACAGGAGAUGUUUGUCGACCCAGGCGACGAGGAGUUUUUUGAGUCUCUCCUUGGAGACCUAUGCACUCUAUCUGGGUACAGAGAAGAGGGCAUUGGGCACUAUGUAAGGUCUUUUGGGAAGAGCUUCCUGUUUUCACCUGUGGAAAACCUCUUGCUCGAGAACAAGGUUCCGCAGAAAAGAGACAAGGAGAAUGUCCGGCAGACCGGGAGGAGGGGGAUAGAAGAAGAGUACGUGUCUGACAGCAUUGAGUUCCAUGAGAGUCUGUCGCCGUCCCUCGUAAAGAAGUACAUGGAGCAUGUUCCGGGGAUUGGAUCCUACUUCAUUUCGAAUGCUGCACGGAGAUACUUCAAUCUCGGGAUGAAUGACAAGAGCAAAGCAUGCUUUGAGCUGGUCAGGAGAAAGGAUCCAAUGUUUCUGCACAAUGUGGACUACUACUCGACCAUCCUCUGGCACUCUAAGGAUGUUUACGAGCUCGGGAUGCUGUGCAAGAACCUGAUCAAGCACGCGCCAGACUCGCCGAACACCUGGAAGGCGCUGGGGAACUUCUACAGCCACCAGGGCGACUACCAAAGAAGCGUUCUGUGCUUCAAAAGGAGCCUGUGCAUAGAAGAGGACUCCUACACCUACACACUCCUUGGAUAUGAAUCGAUCCAGAGAAACGAGUAUGACAUAGCCAUGAAGUACUUCAACCUGUCGCUCAAGAUGCUUGGAGACAACUACAGGGCAAUGUUCGGCUGUGGACUGGUCUACACCAAGACGGAAAAGCUAGAAAAUGCAGAGUUUUUUCUGAAGAAGGCCAUAGAAACAAACCCUAGGAACCUCCAGAUUAAGGUGCAUGCAAUGAAGUUCUAUACACGCAAGGGACUUACCGACCAGUCGAUAAGGCUCUUCAAGGAAGCGUUCCACAUGGAGUACACAGACAUCCACAGAAUUGUUGAAUGCAUUCUUUCCAGGAAGGGAAGCUUCAGCGAUGUCGAGGAGUUCCUCCUCCUUGAGUUUGUGGAGAUUCUUGUCCUCCAGAAUCUGUCCAAGCUUGCUGCAGAUGUUCUGAGCUGUGUAGAGUACAGAGGAGAGUCUUACAGCAAGAAAAAGGAACUUGUGAUGGACAGGACGGAAUAG